CGUGAGUUCGUGGCCUUGGGGAUUUAGGGUUUGUGCUGCCGUCGCCUCUCAAGUCUCAAGUUUCUUCCCUAGUCCCCUCUCCUCUCCUCCCGAUUCUUCGCCUCCCAAGCCCUCUCCUCCAGACCACCGCCUCCGCCCUCUCCUCCUCCGUGUGGAUAAGUUCGGCCUCUCCAUCGACGGCCACCGCGGCGGCUCGAGGACCACACUCCACCGUCCGCGACUUCUCCUUAGUUAGGGACUUAGGGUUAGGGUUUGUGCCCCGCCCGAGCUCUAUUCCCUCCCUCAGUCUCUCUCGAGUCUCUCCCCUCUCCUCUCCUCCUGAUUCUUCGCCUCCCGAGUCCUCUCCUCCGGACCUCCACCUCCGCCCUCUCCUCCCCCGUGCCGACAACUUCGGCCUCCCCAUCGACGGUGACCGCGGCGGCUCGACGGGUCCUGGGAACCAAGGUUGAAUCUCUGCUCGACUGCUCCUAAAGAGGUCGGAUCCUCUGCUCUACCGAGGUUCAAAUAACCAUCUUUAAAGAAGAAAGGAUCAACGUGAAAACAUUGGAACGUCAGGGGGCAACUUGAAAAGACCAUCUUGAAUACAAGUCGAAGAGGGCAGAGGGCCUGCCUGAAAAACAGAGAAGGAGCCAAAGAGGGCUUGUCUGGGUCGUCCAAGCGGAGAGCGAUCCCCUUCCAAGCUCGAGAGCGAAUUUCCAGCGAGAACCAUGCAGGCCAGCGACAGGUUUAACAUUAAUUCUCAGCUUGAGCAUCUUCAGGCUAAGUAUGUUGGUACAGGGCAUGCUGACUUGAAUAGAUUUGAAUGGGCAGUAAACAUCCAACGUGAUAGUUAUGCAUCAUAUAUUGGCCACUACCCCCUCUUGGCAUAUUUCGCCAUUGCUGAAAAUGAAUCCAUUGGAAGAGAACGCUACAAUUUUAUGCAGAAAAUGCUGUUGCCUUGUGGACUUCCUCCCGAGAGAGAAGAGGAUUGAAGUAUUUUCGAAGCAAGCACUGCAGCAAAUACUCUUCCAUCGUAUAUUAGCUUUGUUUGAAAGAGGAGGAGAAAGCAUUAUUAUUGCAUCCAUAUCGAGCAUGAUGACAAUGUCUUUUUAGUGGACUCUUGGGUUUACAUGAGGGAUGUGGACUUAAGAUAGUCUGUACUCGUUUAGGUGGCACUUUGUUUUGCUUCUGUUAGGAUUUCUGGCGAACCUGUUUCAGUGAGAUGGUUAAGUUUGCUUUGUUUUAAAUGCUAUAAACGUUAGGUCUUGAUUGUGUACGCAGCAUGGUGUUUUUAUUUAAGCAGGUAAGCCAUUGAGAACAAUUUUUAACAGUUUUUUGUGUGAUGGUUGAGGAA